GAUACCUGACCUCAACCACAAGUGCAAGGAGGAGGCACGGUUCUGGCGUAUGCGCUGCCCACUCAUAUGCAUGUGGCUUGUUGAGUACCACCAGCCGCACAGAGUGAUGAGACAGUUUGGGCUGUAUCAGGAGUGCCCACCUCAGUGGCAAGACACGGACAAGGCGCUUCAUAGGCUUGAUAGGCAGCGGCAGAGGAAGAUCACAAAUUGGCCAGUCCAUCAUAGCGGCCACGUCGCAGCGUUCCAACACUGUUUGGAAGCGACACGGACUGCUGGCCCUGUGGAGAUUGUGCCUCACGACUUGGCCGCUUUCAACAACUACCUCCAGUGGUUCCAUGAAAACACGCGUAUCGAGUUAGUGAAGCACGCGUAUGCUGAGGACAUCUUGGACGACCCCAUCGAGUUCGAUGAGGUUGCGCAAAGCCAGCACGACACCUUUGCUCGCAGAAGGAGAUCGACUUCUAUUGCUUCCGAGCUGAACUUCGUGGUAAUGGAUUCUCUCACUAACUAGUACAUCAUCUAGAUUGCCAUGUGCUCGCUUAAAUUGUGUAUGCUAUGUUUAUCACAGCGGUCGGAGAUCCAAAAAACAGCUGACGAGUGCGAGAUUAUGUGGGACCAGAGCGGGAGAGAUGAAAAGCCUGUCGGACCGUUGCGGAAUUUCAUUAAGAACACUGCACGAAAGAUGCGGCGGUUAGCCAACUUGCUAGGUUGCCGCGAAGGCGAAAUUCCUACAUCCUCCUCUUCUGAAGAGCGGGAG